AAAUUGGAACUUUGAGCAAUACUUUGCCUUGGACUCUGAUGUACUUUUAGAUGCUAUUUGGAACCCUGACGCAGGGUCCAUUUUGCCCAGUAGAGGUGGUAUCUUUAAUUCAACUAUAACAGUGUUGAUUACCCUGACUAUUGUGAAUGAGCCUAGAUAUUUGGGGCCUAGUUUCUUACUAGGUUUUUGUAAUUUUAAAUAUUUAGUGGAUAGGUAUACCUGAUCCCCAACCUGGAAUGGUUUAUGGUCUGCCCUCCUCUUGUCAGCCUGUUUUUUAUAUUCUUUGCCUCCCCAAAGCAUUCAUUCAGGAUCUCCAUGGUAUUACUUCCAGGGCCAGUGAAGUAGUUCCAGUCCCCCUCUUCAUCCUCAGUCCAAUGUGUCUCUUUCCAUCCCUGCAUUGGCGCUCCAAUCCAAGGGGGUGUUGGUAACCUAAGUCAUCCAGUCCCAGUCAAUGCAGAAGUAUGCCACCACUCCCCAGAUGCUGUGGACCCGUUCCCAUUCCAGGAGCCCCUUUGCCUUCCUUCCAGAAGACCAUUAGUCUGAUGCUGACAUUCCUUGGGCCUCAUGAUGGGUUGAGCAGCAAUCCUCUCAGGUCUCCACAAGAUCCUCUUUCUCUUUGGCCACAACUUCCAUCUCCAAGCCCUCCUUUGAUGUUCCAGCCAUCUGAUAAUACAGCAAAAUGACUCUAAAGCUGUCCAAAAAGCAUGUACUAAAUGUAGGAAGGAGCGCUGACUUCCUCUCAGCUUGUCUAGGUCUGCCUCGUGCGUGAUGAACAAAAAGCCAGGAUUCAGUAACAACAAAAAAGAGCUUUCUUUAAUCCAGUAACAAGGCAGAGCCUAAGAACACAGCAAGUACUUGAAGCAGUUUAAAGUCAGCGCUGGGAGCUUCUGCCUACCAGCACUUUUUAUUUCAUCACAGUCCAUACCCUAACCCUUAGUCACCAUCCAAUACUCCCAACUCCCUCCCCCUCUCAGCUGUGUGGAGUGCUUUUGGCUGUACCUUCUGGCCAAUGGGACGUCAUCAGUGUGCAGACGGCCAUUGGAGGCUUUGUGAAGUUCUGUAGCUGCUAACCUCACUCCGCAGUUAGCCUUCUUUGCCGAAAAAAAUGAGUGGAGGAUUAGCACCAAGCAAAAGCACAGUUUAUGUAUCUAAUUUGCCCUUUUCAUUGACAAACAAUGAUUUGUACAGAAUUUUUUCAAAAUAUGGGAAAGUAGUUAAAGUUACAAUUAUGAAAGACAAAGACACACGAAGAAGUAAAGGAGUUGCAUUUAUUUUGUUCUUGGAUAAAGAGUCGGCACAGAACUGUUCUCGGGCACUUAAUAAUAAACUGCUAUUUGGAAGAGUAAUAAAAGCAAGUAUUGCUAUUGAUAAUGGAAGAGCUGCAGAAUUCAUCCGAAGGAAAAAUUACUAUGACAAGUCAAAAUGCUAUGAAUGUGGAGAAACAGGACAUUUAAGUUAUGCAUGUCCGAAAAACAUGCUAGGAGAGCGUGAGCCUCCCAAAAAGAAAGACAAAAAGAAAAGAAAGAAAGUAAUUGAACCAGAAGAAGAAAUAGAAGAAGAAGAAGAAAGUGAAGAUGAGGGUGAAGACCCUGCUCUUGAUAGUCUCAGUCAAGCUAUAGCUUUCCAGCAAGCCAAAAUUGAAGAAGAACAGCAAAGUUCAACUCAAAAUGCUGGUGAGCCCUCCACAUCUGAUUCAAGACGACCACGCAUCAAAAAAAGUGCAUAUUUUAGUGAUGAGGAAGAACUUAGUGACUGAUAUAAAUACUAUGUAAAUAUACUUUAUGAAAUAAGAUUACUGUUGUAACCAUGAUCUCAUUCUUGUAAUUCAAAUAUAACCUUUUUUGUAUUUUGUAUUUUUUUCGUUUUAAAACAAACAUUUCAUCAUUCAUUAAUUAAUGUGUCACCUGAGAACAUUUUUUUUGUGUCAUAAUAGUUGUAGUUUACCACCAAAUUCUUUAUUCUUAUUUUAACAUUACAACAUAACAUAUCUCCUGUUAUAACAUUUCUCCUCCUAAAUUAUUUACUUUUAUACUUUUUAUCCAUAUUCAUUUUCUAACUAAUGAUAAAAUAACCCCCAUUUUUUAUUAUAAUCAGAUUCUUCCUUUCUCUUAAUUGCUACUGUUAAUCUACCCAUUUCUGUGCAAUCUAAUAUUUUCGUAAUUAUAUUUUCAUCUUCAGGGAUUUCUUCAGCUUUCCAAUUUUGUGCAAAUAGAAUUCUAGCCGCAGUUAUUACAUGAAUAAUCAAAUAUACAUUUUCUUUACUAUAUUUCUCUGGUAAGAUAUCCAACAAGAACAGUUCAGGUUUUAAGUCAAUAUGUUGCUGCAUUACCUUCUCCAAUCACAUUUGAAUUCUUGCCCAGUAUUUUUUCACUUUUCUACAUGUCCACCACAUUGUGAUAAUAGGAUCCCAGCAUUUGGUGACAUUUCCAACAUUUGGUUGAUUUGUCUUUAAACAUUUUAUCAUCACCUUUGUCGAUUGCUUAUAAUAAAUUGUUUUAAUCAUAUUUAUAAAUCUCUCCCCAAAAUCCAUAGUCUGUAAUUGCAUUAUCAUAAAUUGCCAGUUCACAUUGUCAAACACCUUCUGCACAUCCAAAAAGAUCAACACCAUUUGUUUUUCUGGUUGACCUUCAUAGUAUUCCAAGGUGUUCAAAAUUAUUCCCAUGUUGCCUCUAAUCUGCCUCUUAAGUAGAAAGCCAUUUUGAUUUGUAUAUGUAAAAUUCAUUUAAAAGUCUCUUUAAUCUUUCAGCCAUUAUUGAAGCAAAUAUCUUUUUAGUUCACAUUUAACAGGAAAAUCAGUCUAUAAUUUUUUAUCUGUUACAGGUCUGUAUCUUCUUUCAGGAUGAGAGUGAUAUAUGCCUCCACCCAUUACCUAUAGUAAUAGUUCAUUAAAUACUUCCAGUAUUGUGUUGGUUAUAACAUCUUCGAACAUUUUAUAACACUGCUGGUAAUCCAUCUGAGCCUGGCGUUUUACCAUUCUUUUGUCUUUUAAUUGUCUCUGUCAGUUUUCAUCAUUAUCCUUUCCUCUAAUGCCUUUUUAAAUUUUUCUGGUAUUUUCGGUAAUUCAGCCUUGUCUAAAUAUUGCUUUGCUUUUUCUCCUGAGAUUGUCUCUUGUUUAUAGUUUCUCUUAAUAAUCCUGAAUUAUUGCCCCCCCCCUCAUUUUGAUAACAUACAGUUCCUUACUCAUCAAUUAAUUGAUAGAUUAAAUUUCAAUUUGUAUGCCAGCCAUCUUCCUGGUUUAUUUGCAUUAAAACAAAAACAGUAAAUAAAUUGACAUCCACAUUGUGUCUGUUCGAAUAAAAUGUGUACUGUUUUCUAUCCGGGUAUCUUCCUCGUCAAGCAUCUUGAAUACCUAGUUCCUUCAUCAUUGUAAAAAAAGUUUUGGAACUGUUUUUUCUAGGCUUCUUCUUGUAGUUUUAUAGUCCAAUUCUUUAUCUACAAUUGCAUUAAAAUCACCUAUGAUAUAUAUGUUUUCAUACUCAAAUUCUAUUAUUUUCCUGUGUAAUUUACCAUAAAAAUCCUCUUGAUUGUCAUUUGGAGCAUAUAUCGCCACUAAAAGUAUUUUUUUGUAUUUCAUUAUUAUCUCAACCAUUAAAAUGCUCCCUUCCUCAUCCUCAAAAAUUAGUUUGGAUUUUAUUUUCUCUUUAAUGUAUAGUGCAACACCUCACUUACUUGGAUGUAUAAGUGCAGUUUCCCCAUCUUUGAUGUUCCCCCCCAAAAAUUGUGUUGCUUUCUGAUAUGAACUUCUUGUAAACAAAUUAUGUCAAAUUUUAAUUUCACCAAUUUAUUAAAAGUUCUUUUCCUUUUAA